GCAGAAGCUCCAGAACUCUCACCCCCUGGCCUGCCUCUGCCCCGUCUGUGCCCACGGAACAGCCAUGAGAAGGCAGCUCCGGUCCAGAAGGGCUCCAGCCUCUCCUUAUGCUUAUCGCUACAGACUCGAUGAUCAGGAUGAAGUGAACCAGAACUACUUAGCAGAUGAAGAGGAAGAAGCUGAAGAAGAGGCUCGGGUGAUGGUGGUACCCGAUUUGGAGGAGGAGGAGGAAGAAGAGGAGGAGGACGAAGAGGAAGAGAUAGAAGAGAAAGAAAAGGAGGAGGAAAAGGGUCAAGGUCAGCCAGCAGGCAAUGCUUGGUGGCAGAGAUGGCAGAUCGUGAGCGAAUACCUGUGGGAUCCGGAGAAAAGGAUGUCUCUGGCCCGAACAGGUCAGAGUUGGAGCCUGAUCUUAGUCAUUUACUUCUUCUUCUAUGCCUCCCUGGCCGCUGUCAUCACCCUCUGCAUGUACACGCUAUUUCUGACCAUCAGUCCCUACAUGCCGACCUUCACUGAGAGGGUGAAGCCUCCUGGAGUUAUGAUUAGACCCUUCGCCCAUAGCCUUAACUUCAACUUCAACGUUUCUGAACCUGACACUUGGCAGCAUUAUGUCAUUAGCCUAAAUGGCUUUCUCCAGGGUUACAAUGACAGUCUUCAAGAGGAGAUGAAUGUAGAUUGUCCCCCGGGGCAGUACUUCAUCCAAGAUGGCGAUGAGGAUGAAGACAAGAAGGCCUGCCAGUUUAAGCGCUCCUUCCUGAAGAACUGCUCGGGCUUGGAGGACCCUACUUUUGGCUACUCUACUGGACAGCCGUGCAUCCUUCUAAAGAUGAACCGGAUUGUAGGCUUUCGUCCUGAGCUUGGGGAUCCUGUGAAGGUGUCCUGCAAAGUUCAGAGAGGCGAUGAAAAUGACAUCCGAUCCAUCAAUUACUACCCAGAGUCGGCUUCUUUUGACCUUCGCUACUACCCUUACUAUGGCAAACUGACUCACGUUAACUACACCUCCCCGCUGGUGGCAAUGCACUUUACAGAUGUGGUGAAGAACCAAGCGGUGCCCGUCCAGUGCCAGCUGAAGGGCAAGGGCAUCAUAAAUGAUGUCAUCAAUGAUCGUUUUGUGGGUAGGGUGAUCUUUACUCUGAACAUAGAAACCUAAGAACUUUGCGGGGCGCUCCCACUAGUUCUGUUUCUGUUUUAUUUCAUGUACCCCCUGGUAGUACCUGAAUUCCUUUUCUUCGCUCAGGACACAGCCAGAUGGACACCUAAGACAGCAGAUCAUCUUUCCUUGCCUUUGACAUAUGUAUAAAAUGACAUUGUGGGAUUGAUUUUUUAAAGGUAGUUUCUCCUGAUGACAAAUAGAUGAUGUUAAUUUCCUUUC